ACCUGGCUGGGCACUCCAGCCCCUCCCUAGCAGAUCCCUGCCUCCCCAGCCUGAGUUGGCCCGGCUGGAUGGGUGGCGGCUGGGUUGCGUCAUGCUGUGAACACCCACGUGCGGCAUGGAGGAGGAAGGCUGGGGCCAGGCAGUGGGCACUGACGGAAGAAAUAGGUUGGGGGAUCCCGGGAGGAGCCGAAGGCCGGCCGAGGACUCUGACGUGAGCUCAGCCGGCCACAUCGGCUCCGCGCCGCUGCUGAGUUUUUGCCACCGGGCUCCAGAGAAAGUCUUUUCGCUAAGUCACUUAUUCUCGCGGGGAUGUCGGAAGCCUCUGCCUCUGAUAGCUCGGAGACUCCAACUCCGGAGAGCGCGGAGCCCAGCGCUCUGAGCGGACUGACCCGCUACCAGACCUACAAGCGGCGAUGGUUCUUCCUGGGGGUCGUCUCCUUGCUCAACUGUUCCAAUGCUAUGCUUUGGCUGAGUUUUGCCCCAGUUGCUGACAAAAUUUCUGACUACUUCCAACUCUCCAUGAUAGAGAUUAACUGGUUGUCACUCAUCUACCUGGUGAUAUCCAUCCCCUUUGGCAUAAUCGCUACAUGGUUCCUGGAUUCUUUUGGACUGCGAUGUUCGACGAUCCUGUGUGCCUGGUUGAAUGCCACUGGGAGCGUCAUCCGAGUGAUACCUUGCAUAGUAUCUUUGAAAAAUUACCAUUUCAUAUUUUUUAUGAUUGGCCAGAGCUUUUGUGCUGUGGCCCAGGUCUUGGUCAUCUUCUCUCCGGCCAAACUUGCAGCUUUGUGGUUCCCAGAGCACCAACGAGCUACUGCCAACAUGAUUGCAACCAUGUCAAAUCCUCUGGGCGUCCUCCUGGCUAAUGUGGGGUCUCCUGUAAUUGUGAAAACGGAGGAAGAUAUUCCAUUAAUGCUUGGAGUCUACAUGAUCCCUGCUGGUCUUGCCUGCUUCCUCGCCAGUGCCUGCAUUUGGGAAAGUGUCCCUCCAACUCCUCCAUCCAUGGGAGCUGUCACCUCUACCUCAGAGCCUUUUCUUACAGGAAUGUGGAUGCUCCUUCGGAACAAGGCAUACAUCAUCUUGGCCCUGUGCUUUGGAGGCGGCAUUGGUGUUUUCACAGCUUUCUCUGCCCUGCUGGAACAGAUCCUCUGUGUGAAAGGCUAUUCCAAUGAAUUUUCUGGCCUCUGCGGUGCCCUGUUCAUCCUGUUUGGGAUUAUUGGUGCUUUGGUUCUUGGCCUCUACGUGGAUAGGACUAAACAGUUCACUGAAGCCACCAAGGUUGGAUUUUGUCUGACCACAUUAGCCGCUAUUGCUUUUGCUGUGGUAUCUCAGUUCCAGAAGCAGAUGGUAUUGAUAGCUGUGGUUUCCUCUCUGUUUGGAUUCUUUGGUUUUUCCAUUUGCCCAAUUUCCUUUGAGUUAGCUGUUGAAUGUUCCUAUCCAGUGGGAGAAGGCGCUUCCACAGGCUUGGUCUUUGUGAUAGGACAAAUUGAGGGUGUCAUCAUAAUGGUCCUGUUACAAGCCCUGACCAUACAGCGCAGUGCCCCUGGCCCUUCCACAUGCCAGCUGCAGGCAGACACCACUCUGGACUGGACAAACUCUGUGUUGUUGCUGGCUGGGCUAACCUGUAUCUACAGCUGCAUCUUCGUUGUUUUCUUCCGCACACCAUAUAAGCGGCUUCUGGCAGAAGGCAAUUCUACCUACAGGACCCACGGGACAGGAAAGGAUGAGGAAUGUGGGUCUUCAGCCAGUGUUCCAGACAUGCUUCAGUCUUAGCUUCCUGCUACUCCCCAGCACUUGGACCAGACUUCUAGUUUUAUAAUUUGUUUCUCAAAAACAGCUGAAAAUUUUUGGCAGAAAACAUUUUCUGAAAACUUUUAUUGCUCUUCUUCCUACCCCAAUGGUAUUCUCUGACAAGGGAGAUACCAAGCUGGGCAUGCAUUGUUUUUUGUUUUAAACCCUUACCUUCCAUCUUGGAGUCAAUACUGUGUAUUGGCUCCAAAGCAGAAGAGUGGUAAGGGCUAGGCAAUGGGGGUCAAGUGACUUGCCCAAGGUCACACAGCUAGGAAGUGGCUAAGGCCAGAUUUGAACCUAGGACCUCCUGUCUCUAGGUCUGGUUCUCAAUCUACUGAACUACCCAGCUGCCCCCCAUGCAUUGUUAAAGGAAUGAUGCUCUGUUUGAUACAACCAAAGCAGUUUUGGGGGAAUGGUAUCUAUACAAAAGACAGGUGGAAAACGCUCUAUGCUGAGCACUAGGAAAAGACCUCACAUUGGCAAUGAGGACUAGGGGGACAGACUUUUUAUUGGUUAAGGAGAGACUUCACACCAAGUAACUGGGGAAAGAGUUCUGUAAACCUUAAAAUUUCCCAGACCCUACUUUAUAAGAUUGGGUUAAGACCUUUCCCCAUUUGGGCAGGAAUGUGAGAACUCUACUUUACCUACUUGGGUCUGCCCUAGGGGAAGAUAAAGUUGUAAACUCUUUUCUGAACAAUGAAAAGUACUUAAACCCAUACUUUUCUUAAGCUAAGUACCUAUAAAGGUCAAGCAACUUGUGAAUUUACAAGGAACAAAGAACUGGAAAACUUACUCAGAGCUUUCCUGGUGUGAAUUACUCAAAAAUCCACACCUUCUUAGGUGUGGACUAAGAAUGGGCGGUCCUUUAGAAACAUCUACAGUGAUUGGUAGAUGUAAGGACUUAAGGGAGGUGACAGAGAAAAUUUUGCCCUUAAAAAUAAGAGCUCAGGGAAGAGCUGGGAAGUCAUUCUGAAACAUUCAGAUUGGAGAGACUCAUUCUGAGGAGACUGAUUCUGAAACAUUCAGAUGGAGGAGGGAGCUGACAAAAGCAGCUGAGAUGCUGCCGGCCUGGUGUCAUUAGAAAUCCUUACUUAGACAGACCUUGUGGUGAGUGUUAAAAAACUGAUUCCUUUCUUACUCUCUCUCUCCUUCUUUGAUUACUCAUUGUAUUGUUAAUUAAAAAUCUCUAUAAAACCCAAAUGACUUGGGUAUUUGAAUAAUUGGGAAUAUUUCCCUGGCGACCACCUUAUAUUUGAUUUUAAACCCAAGACACUGUAGUGAAACAUAUUUCUGAGGUCAAAUUUACUCACCCUCUCUUAUAUCUAUCACAAUUUAUAUCUCCCACUAUUUUAAUCACUACAGUUUAAGACCGCAACCAUUUUAAAUCUCACAGUUCAGACCGUAUACUCAGGAGAGAAUCCAUACUGAAGACUUUUCAUAUUUGGCACCAAGGGGAAGGAUUUCAUAUGGGAGAUAGAGGCAGAGAGUGGAGAGAAAUUGUAAGAGGAAUGGGAGAGAGGGAGAGGGAGAGGGAGAGUCUUCCAAGUAUUUUCUCAUUUGGUCCUUUCAGAAACCCUGCAAGGUAGGCAAUAUUAUCCUCAUUUUAUAGGUGGAGGGAGAGAGACCAUGACAUGUACUAAGGAGAGUCUUCACAUCCAGGAACUAGAAACAUUCUAAACACUUAGGAGAAGCUCCAUGCCAGAGUUUGGGAAGGAUCAAACUAUAGAUGGAAUGAGCCAGUUGGAAUUUGGGACAAAAAUUCUAAGCUACUGUGCCCAUAGACUGAAACAGCACUGGUGGUGAGGUCAACCUAUCUUCGAGUUCUCAGCAUGGAAGAAAAACUCUCUUUACCAGAUUCUUCCCAGCCUGGGAACAUAGCAGGCUUCUCCCAAAUGAGGAUCCAGUCAUGAUCUAGUCCAAGGUCCUUUUCUGAAAGAUCCUAUGACCAGCUAGAAACCAGGAAGCUAAAGGAUAUUUGAGUAAGCCUUGUUUGGUGAUCAGGGGGCCCUCAGAUUUUAGGUAAAUCCCAAUAUGUGAGGACAUGUCUGUAAACCUUAAAAUUUCACAGACUUAUGAAUGUCAAAAAUUUUACUCCACAUUGAGGAAUCCUCCAAUUCCCUACUUGAAAUAAUUCCCUACCAGAUAGUGAGAACUCUACUUGAAUGUGAAAACUCCUUGCUAUGGGAGGACCUCAAUUCCACCCAUACUUAAGACUGCUUUAGGGCAGAAAACUCCUUGCUAAACAAUGAAAGUACUUGAAAACCAUACUUAUAAAGGAAAGGAGUUCUUUGAGCCAUGCCUGUUUUUGGAAUUGAUACAAUGGGAUGCUAGGUGCCUAUAAAGGUGGGGCAACUUGUAAACUACUUAGACCUAAAAGGUGAAAACUUACUCAGAGGUUUUCUCUUAAUGAAAUUAGUCAACACAGCAGCAUUUUUUUUCUGACUUACUAAAGAGAUUAAUCUACUCAGCUGUGAAUUCAAAAUGGGCUGUCUUUUGGAAAACAUCUACAGUGAUUGGUAGAUGGAAAAACUUAGGGGAGGGGACAUAGGAGAUUUUGCCCUUAAAAAUAAGAGCUCAGAGAAGAGCUGGAGGUCAUUCUGAAACAUUCAGAUUGAGGAAGGACUGAUUCUGAAACAUUCAGAUGGAGGAGGGAGCUGGUGAAAGCAGCUGAGAUGAUGCUGGCCUGGUGUCACUAGAAUCCUUGCUUAAGCAGACCUUGUGGUGAGUGUUAAAAGACUGACUGACCUCUCUCUCUUAAGACUCAGGUCUAGGCCAUGUUGGCUUAAGGACCUUCAUACUUAUUUCCUUUUUCUCUCUCUCUUUUCUUUAAUUCCACAUUUGUAUUAAUUAAAAUCUCUAUAAAACCCAGUUGACUUGGGUAUUUGAAUAAGUGGGAAUAUUUCCCUGGUGACCACCUUAUAUUUGAUUUAAAAACCAAGACACUGUAGUGAAACAUAUUUUCUGCGGUCAAAUUUACUCACUCUCUCUUAUAUCUAUCACAAUUUAUAUCUUCCACCAUUUUAACUCACUACAUGUCCUUUAUCCUGUGCAUAUGACCAUAGGGGGAAAGGAACAAGCAUGUAGGAAGUCCCUCCUAAAUGUCAGCCACUGGGCUAAGUGUUUUCCAACUAUUUUUUUCAUUUGAUCCUCACAGAAACCCUGUGAGGUAGGUGCUAUUAUUAUCCUCAUUUUAUAGUUAAAAAAAAAAAACUGAAGCAAAGGUAACUUUCCAGGGUCACACAGCUAGUAACGGAGGCCAUUUGAACUCAGGAUUUAUGAACCCACAUCGAGAGUUCUAUCUUCUGUGCCACUCAGCUGCCUCAAUAGGACUAGAGUACAAAAGUGUUCUCCACCACUUAUGUGGAAAGAUUGGAGCAGCUAGGUGGCACUGUGGAAGGAAUGCCAGACCUGGAGUCAGGAAGACUCAUCUUCCUGAGUUCAAAUCUGGUCUCAGACACAUACCAGCUGUGUGACUCUGGGCAAGUCACUUAACCCUUUUUGCCUCAGUUUCCUCAUCUGCAAAAUGAGAGGGUUGUACAAGAUCUCUAAUGUGCCUUCAUGUUCUAAAAAUCCAUAAAAACAUGGUCCUCUGCUCUAGAUUAGGUUUUAUUAUGUUUCUAUAUUGUCACACCCAGGACAAGACUCCCAUGGAGUCAGUGACCCUAAGGACAAGUUCUGUUGAAAACUAUUGAUCUCCCCCUCUCAGGACCCUAUUAUACAGGCUUGGGGGACCCAGGGCAGGCUAGGGGACUAGAUGUAUUAUAGAACUAGGGCUCUCCUAGCUCAGAACUAAUGGGACUUAUUCUAGGGCUACAUGUGGACAGUCAAGUCAGGACUCUUUUUACUGAUUAGCCUUUAUUGAAUGAAUGGUGUUCACCCCAUUCUUCUUACUCUUCCUUCUCUUCGCCAUGGGUGAUGACAUAGCUCAAAGCUUUGUAGUCCAGGUUUCCAGCUGCAUCAAUGGAGGCAAACUGGAACAUUUGGUCAACCUGUGGGAGUUUUGGAAACAAGAUCAUGUCAGGACAUUCAUUUUGGGGCCACAUCACUUCCUGUAUUGAAGCGGGAGGAAUAGCAAUGGUAGAUCAGACUGCAAAGCAUGUUAGGGUCAAGACAGACCUGAUGCUGGCAUGUUAGAGAGAGAAGGGUUUUAUGGUUGUGUGGGAACAACAGGAGAGAGAUCAGUGGAGCAGAGACUACCAUUAUCAUUUCACUGGGCUCUUGGAUGGGGGAAGCCAAAGUGAAGCAUGUUCCAAAAUGGUUUCUUUCACUAACUUUAUUUGUAGGCUUGCUAGAACUGACAGAGGAGAAACAGGAAUGCUGGUAGUUGAGGCUUACUAGCCUGAUCACGCAGGCACAGGCUUUGUUCCAUUUUGUUGGUCCAGACAUAUGAUUUUAUCAGUAUAGGGAAUUCUCAGAGUAGAAAUUCACUCCAUUGAUGUAGCUUUGCAACUUAGUCUUAGAGACUUUCCCUGGGGCCACUGAAAGGCUAAAUGAUUGGGCUGGGAUUCCACAGCUAGGAUGUGCCAAAAGCAAAGCUUGAACUCAGUGCUUCCCAAUAUCAGUACCCAAUAUGCCAGGUUGUCUCUAUUGGCUCACACAGCACUAGGAAAAGGUAAGCAAUUGCUGUUCUCUGAGCUAGUAACAGACUGAGAGAAUGAACAGGUUCAAGAAGGGUUUUUAGAUGAGUCCUUGAAUAGCAGCACCAGAGCAGAUUCAUAAGGGAGAAUAGUGGGGCAGCUAGGUGGCACGGUGGAUAGAGUGUCAGGCCUAGAAUCAAGAGGACCUGGGUCCAAAUGUGGCCUCAGGCACUUUCUAGCUGUGCUACCCUGGAACAAAUCACAUAACCCUGUCUGCUUAGCCUUUGACUUCUGUCUUAGAAUUGUUACCAAGAAAGUACAGGUUUAAAAGGGAGGAGGGGGAAUAUGAAGUGUCUAAGGGAAGGUAAGAACAAUGGAAUUGGAGGUAUAGUCAUGUUCUCACCAGGGACAGACCCUGAACUGGGAGGAUAGAGAUGGAGGUAUGGAGCUGGGGUAAACUUGUCUUAGCAAAAUGUUGAUUUGUUCAAGUUCAGAGGAUAUUUUGAUAAACAGGAUCUUCUCAAGUCCUUAAAAAGUUUACUCUCAAGUAAUAGGCCCCUGUGCACUACAGUUUACUCAGCAAACAUUUCCCACUCGAGCCCAAACUCUCUGGAUUGUCUUAUAACCAGGGGCCACUAAAGCAUUACUUUCUGAAGACCUUAAGUCUCCACAUGAUUUCCACGUCAUCAUUUGUUGUUGUCCCCCCUCCCCCCCGGGUUAUUCUAUAGUUUUACAUUCUGGAUUUCUCCUCAAUGAUUCACUCUAGUUAUAUUUAAUAAAGAGAUAUUGUUUACAUAUUUUAGUGGUCUUACUUAUAGUAAAUGAAUAGUUUUCUAAGAAAACUGAAGCCAUUGUGUGUUUGUGUGCAAUAACUUCAAAUGUUAAGCAUGUUUUUACUAAAGGUAUGAUGGAAACUAAAGAAGAGACACAGGGAACUCAGAGGGAAAGCUGAAGGAAAAAGUCAAAGACCCAGAGUGGCACAGCAAAAGGAACCAAACACCAAGCCCCAAAUCCAUACAUGGAAAAUUGGCAAAGGGCUCUGGUUCCAUUGUUGAGAUCUAUAUUAGGAAGAAUCACAUAAUUUUAGGCUAAAUCAGAAUUGGAAGUAACUUCAAAGGUCAUCUAUUCUAAAUCACCCGUGAAUCCCAGCUACAUCCCUGAUGACUGGCCACAGCCUCUACUUAAAUAUUUCUAGGAACAGAAAAUUCAUUAUCUAUCAAGGUCACUUUUCCCACUUUAGACAUAGUUCAUAAUUGUUAGGAAGUUCCUUCUUAUAGCAAGUCAAAAAUCUGCCUCUGCAAGUUCUGUCCAUUUCUUCUAAUUCUGUUCUCUAGAACCAAGUAAAUGAAGUCAAUCCCUCUUCCAUAAAUCCUCCACCAAUGCCUCCAUGUUUUGUAGAAGUCACUCCAGGAUUGCAGAGGUAUUGUCAACCCAAUGCCAUCUCUGUGGAAGGCUCCAAGACUAAACCAGAGAGAGUUUGAGUAGAGAUCUAGGUCCAGACUAUGUGACACAAAGAUUCUAGCUAACUUGGUAAAGGCAUUUCACCAAGAAGUUGUCUCUUUAGUCAUCAAAUUUUCUUGACUACAGUUAACUCAUGAAACAGAUAAAUCUAGAAAAUGGCUAUUAGUCCUGUGCAGUGUCCUGUUUCUGUUUCAAUACAUUGGUGGGAAAGGGAGUAUGGAAUGCUAAAAAGAACAAUUUUAGGCAUGUCUGAAUAGUUGAACUUUGUAUUUAUUAACAUGAAGUCUUUAGUGUGACUAGUGAAUGAAUGUGCAAUUGGAUGAACUGAACCAUAUCCAUAAUGGCAUUUUCAUUACAAAAGAAACUAAAAUAUACAGAAACAAGUUGCAGUUAAAUGGCAGGAUGGCUCACAGAAACUCUGAAGGAAAGCAAGGAAGAGUUAGCCUAGCUUUACUAUGUGCCCUUAGCCAUGAAAAAAAAUUCAUGGGACUCUUGGCCAUCUUGCUUCGUAUUGUGGAUGGUAAAAGCAAAAUCAAAUGGUCCACCCAAAGGAUAACUGCCAUUUGUGUGCAAAAAUCCAUUGCAGAGAAUGAGUAGAGAAAUGCUAUGAAGAACUUGGUAAAAUUCUCCAUAUCAACAUAUUCGUGGAUACUUGGUGACUCCAGUAUGAAAAUGGGCAUGGGAAAAAUAUAGUGAAGAGUUAGAAGAUGACCAAAAAACAUUUUAAAAAAUAUAAUUCCAAAUCAAGAAAUAAAAGAUAGCAAAGCUUUGUAGAUUAUGCAGAAGCCUCACUUCAUCCUUAAUACUUUAAGAUAAGAAUCAGGUGUUGAACCUAAUACUAAAUAACAUCCCCAAGGUGCAAUUUGCUCUAAAGACUUAUCAGUGUGGUAAACAUUUUUGGAACAAGCUAUCUGUGAGUAAGUAAAGUAGAUCAUUGAUUAGCUCAAGAAAAAAGAGCCAAUUUUUUUAAAAGGGCAAAGAUGAGAAAAAGAUACCUCCUGUAAUGACAAUAGCUCUCACUUGACCUAUUUAAAUAAGCUGUUUCUCUAAAAAAUGGAAAGUGGGGAAAAACAAAUAUAUUGACUGAUUACUGCCUUUUCUUAGAGAAGCUUGACUAGAGUAAAAAGAAAAUGAGGCACAAAAUGCCUCGAAAACACUCCUCUUCCUUGCCAAAGAGAAAUACAGGUCCUCCUAGGACAACAUCAGUGUAGAACACAUGAUUUAGAAAACACUGGGGAAGAGGAGGAUUAAAGAGAAUGAGCAGAAUUGCCACACAAAACAACAAAAAGCAGUUGAGAAGAAAAAGCCUGCAGAAAAACUGAGUAUGAGAAUGGACUAAGCCAUAUCACCAUAAGAACAUGUAAGGGAAACCACAGGAGGAUAACAAAUCUGCCAGCGUUUCUAUAACUUGUCUAGUCUCCUCCACAACUGAACCCCCUUUUAGAUCAGUUAGUCAAAAACAUUUAUUAAGUGCUUCCUGUGUGGCUGGUACUCUGCCUCCCUCACCAACCCCUGACAGAACUCUCUCAAGGAAGAGAGACAAAUUUAGUGAUGGUGAGAUUCAGAUAAAUAUGAUUAGAUGGAAUCUGCUUUUUAUAACUCUCACUGCUCACUUAUUAGUGGUACUUGAUACAAAGAAGGAACUAGCCCCCAAACCACAACCCUAAGUGAGUCAAACAUCUCCAGUGAUGCAUUGAUUUAUCUAUCUAUGCAUGUAUGCAUGAUGAUGUUCCAACUGGAAAAGGAAACUCAGAGAAAAGGCUACUACCAUCAUGGCUCUCAGCCCCUUUGUUUACUGCCAAAACAUGGAAACGUACAGGUUCCAACAGAUGCUGACUCUCCUACCCUGAAACAGAGAGCUCAUCCCAAUACUGAUGCCUACCAUGCAUAAGCAUGUUUCUUACUUACCUUGGUUCCAGGCUACCAUCUUUUGCCAUAUGCCAGCUAACUGCCUCCGUCCUGCCUCUCCUAAAUACCUAAUGGGGAACUGCAAUCAAUUGCCCUCCUGGUGGUCCCUGUAGCCAAUGAGAGAACUGGAGGGAAUCUUUUUAGGUAAACAGCAGCACCUGUGGUUCUCUUCCUCUGCCAGGCUCCUAAUAAUGCUAUUCCUUCAGGAUUUAUGUACUUAGUGAGGCAACUUAGUGGCUUUUCCUUAAGAAAAUUAAGUCUAAAAAAUCAACUGGCCCUGACAAACAAUCCUAAGGAAAUCCAACUGAAUUUUAAAAGUGCUCAGAUAUUGGUUUUUCAAGGGAUUGCAAAGAGGGGUAAGAUUCCAAAAGAAUGGGAAAAUCAGACAAUAUAUUUUUUUGUUACUAAAAAAGAAUAGCAACUAUUAACUCAUUCCUAUGUUCUCCUCUCCUCUAUAGCAACUAUUAACUUAUUCCUAUGUUCUUCUCUCCUCUUUAUGAGAAUAGGCUAUGUAUGUAUUAUGGCUAUGCUAAAAAACAACAAAAGGGAUCAUGUUUCAGAUAUGAUUUUCUAUGAAAAAUGCUUUGUAUAAUCACAGAACUGACUGAAAGGUGUACAUAAUAAAAGAUCCUGCUCUCUG